GGACAGAACCCUAACGAACAGCAACAUUUACAGGAGAUUAGAGAAAGAGCCUGUGAAGGUGGCAGAGCAAAUGAAGAGAAUCAAGAAUCAGGAAUAGCAUCAUAGAAACCACGGGAGGAGAGGGCUUCAAGGAGGCAGUAGCAAGGUCAAGAGAGAGCAGUAGGUAAUAGGACUGAAAAAUGCUAUUGCAUUUACCAGCUGAGACAUGGUUGGUAGAACUGUUUCAAAGAAGCUAGAAUCAAGUACAAGAAUGAUAAAAGUAUUAGUUUUUCAUUGUUGCCAUACCAAACUUAGCAGCUAAAUGCAGCACAGAUUUAUUUUCUCACAGUUCUAUAGGUCAGAAGUCUGACACAGGUCUCACCGAGCUAACAUUAAGGUGGUGGCAAGGCAUCAUUCCUUACUAGAAGCUCUGGGGAGAUUCCUCUUCCUUGCUCAUUCAGAUAAUCAAUAUGCGUUUCCAAGGCUUUCGGCUAUGUUUGGGUCUUCUUUUCAUCUCAAUUAAUGCAGAAUUUAUGGAUGAUAGUGUUGAGAUGGAAGACAUUGAUGAAAAUUCAGAAGAGAUUGAUGCUAAUGAAAAUGAAUUCUCCUCAGAGAUUAAAUAUAAGACACCUCAACCUAUAGGAGAAGUAUAUUUUACGGAAACUUUUGAUAGUGGAAGGUUGACUGGGUGGGUCUUAUCAAAAGCAAAAAAAGAUGAUACAGAUGCGGAGAUUUCUAUAUAUGAUGGAAGAUGGGAAGUAGAAGAACUGAAAGAAUAUCAAGUACCUGGUGACCGAGGACUGGUGUUGAAAUCUAGAGCAAAGCAUCAUGCAAUAUCUGCUGUAUUAGCAAAACCUUUCAUCUUUGCUGAUAAACCUCUGAUAGUACAAUAUGAAGUAAAUUUUCAAGAUGGUAUUGAUUGUGGAGGUGCAUACAUUAAACUCCUAGCAGACACUGAUGGUUUGAAUCUGGAAAACUUUUAUGAUAAAACAUCCUAUACCAUUAUGUUUGGACCAGAUAAAUGCGGAGAAGAUUAUAAACUUCAUUUUAUCUUCAGACAUAAACAUCCCCAAACUGGAGUUUUUGAAGAGAAGCAUGCCAAACCUCCAGAUGUAGACCUUAAAAAGUUCUUUACAGACAGGAAGACUCAUCUUUAUACCCUUGUGAUGAAUCCAGAUGACACAUUUGAAGUAUUAAUUGAUCAGAUAGUUGUAAACAAAGGAAACCUACUGGAGGAUGUGGUUCCUCCUAUCAGUCCUCCCAAAGAAAUUGAAGAUCCCAGUGAUAAAAAACCUGAUGAUUGGGAUGAAAGAGCAAAAAUCCCUGAUCCUUCUGCUGUCAAACCAGAAGACUGGGAUGAAAGUGAACCUGCCCAAAUAGAAGAUUCAAGUGUUGUUAAACCUGAUGGCUGGCUUGAUAAUGAACCGAAAUUUAUUCCAGAUCCUAAUGCUGAAAAACCCAUUGACUGGAAUGAAGACAUGGAUGGAGAAUGGGAGGCACCGCAGAUUUCUAAUCCAGCAUGUCGGAUUGGGUGUGGUGAGUGGAGCCCUCCCAUGAUAGACAACCCAAAAUACAAAGGAGUAUGGAGACCUCCAAUGAUAGAUAACCCUAACUACCAGGGUAUCUGGAGUCCUCGAAAAAUUCCUAAUCCAGAUUAUUUUGAAGACAAUCACCCAUUUCUUCUGACUUCCUUCUCUGCUCUUGGUUUAGAGCUUUGGUCCAUGACCUCUGAUAUCUACUUUGAUAAUUUUAUUAUUUGUUCGGAAAAGGAAGUAGCAGAUCGCUGGGCUGCAGAUGGUUGGGGAGUGAAAAUAAUGAUAGAAAAUGAUAAUGAGCCUAGUAUAUUCAAACAGUUGAUGGCAGCUACUGAAGAGCGCCCAUGGCUUUGGUUCAUUUAUCUUGUGACAGCAGUGCUUCCAAUAGCAUUAAUUACUUCAUUUUGUUGGCCAAGAAAAGUAAAGAAAAGAUAUGAAGAUGCAGAGUUCAAAAAACUGGACAUACGUAAACCACAAACAAAGGGAGCGCUAGAGCAAGAAGUGAAGGGAGAGAAAGCAGCCCUGGAGAAACCAGUAGACUUGGGAGAGGAAAAACAGCAAAGUGAUGGUGAAAUUCUUGGAAAAGAAGAGGAAGGUGAACCUGAGGAAAAGAGUGAAGAAGAAAUUGAAAUCAUAGAAGGACAAGAAGAAGGUAAUAAAUCAAAUAAGUCUGGAUCAGAGGAUGAGAUGAGAGAAGCAGAUGAGAGCACAGGAUCUGGAGAUGGGCCAGUAAAGUCAGUACGCAAAAGACGAGUACGAAAGGAGUAACCUGUAUUCAAGUAUAUUUAAUUCCUAAGCGAGAGAUUUGGCAUUCUCAAGUCGGUGUGCCAGAACUGAACUUGAGUCAGUCUGCACAUCCUGUUUCUACUGUCUAGCAAUGUUAUUCUUUCAGACAUUUAUUUUAAUCUUAUUUUUCAGAAAAAAAAAAAAACUUUGAAGUUAACCUGGUCUUUGAAUUUAGAUAAAAGAAAAGUGGCACAUUACAUGUCAAAUUUUAAGAGAUUAAUAGCAUUAAAAGUGACACAGUUUUAAUAGUUUGGAGAAAGUUUUGGUUUCUACAGAGCAAAAUAAUAUGCAGCAACUUCACUGCUUUUGGAAGAAUCAGUUAUUGGAAUUUCCCCUUAAACGGCUAUACUACAGGUAGUUCCAUAGUAUAAACAAGAGUGAGUUCUGUUGUACAGAGCUAAAUGCAAUAAAGUUUCUGUAUGGUUGGUUGUUUCUAUCAACAAUUGAAAGUGUUGUGUGUGACCCACAUUUACCUACUUUGUGUCAAAUUAUAGUUAUGGUCCAUUGUUCAUGUAAAUUAUAGAGUCCUUUAAAGAGGUGCUUUGUUGACAGACAAAUCAACAAAACUGAAAUGUCUGUGUCAUUCGUAGAAUCACUGGUCAAUGGUGCAGCAUACUUAUAUUUGAAUACAGAGGUAAGAGGUUUAUCAAAACCAAAUGGUGUACAGAUUUUUUUUGAAGCCGUUACAGUUGUUUUAUGCCAGAAUGGCUUACUCUCUUUACAAGAUUGCUUAUGCGUACAUUGCUCUUGAAAAUAAAAUUUAAAUAUUUUUUCUUCUUUAAAUGAUACCCUCUUUAAUAGGUAAAUUAUUAUUGGGGAGUCUUUCUUUUAUCUGAUCAUUAAGAGAUUGUAAUGGCUAAUAGAUAUCAAUCAUCAUGCUUUGUAUUUUUAUCUUUUUUCUGACAAAGUCAAAUCUAUUUUCUGACAAAUUCAAAUCUAUUGUCUCAUCUAGCUUCAAAGCUGCCUCUACGGUAGACUAUUGCUCCGCUUUUUAAAACACAGUUGACCCUUGAACAACAGAGGUUUGAACUGCGUGGGUCCACUUAUACACAGAUUUUGUUUUCAAUUAAUUCUACAGUACUACA